AUGUCUUCUUCUUCGGUGGGGCCCCGCGGCCCUCGCCCACCCACCGUGCCUCCCCCCAUGCAGGAGCUGCCUGACCUGAGCCACCUGACAGAAGAGGAGAGGAACAUUAUUAUGGCUGUGAUGGACCGGCAGAAGGAAGAGGAAGAGAAAGAAGAGGCCAUGCUCAAAAGAUUGCACCAACAAUUUGAAAGUUACAAAGAGCAAGUACGAAAAAUAGGUGAGGAAUCCCGCCGUUACCAAGGAGAACACAAAGAUGAUGCCCCGACGUGUGGAAUCUGUCACAAAACUAAGUUUGCCGAUGGUUGUGGCCAUUUAUGCUCCUACUGCCGGACAAAGUUUUGUGCCAGAUGUGGAGGCCGUGUUUCCCUGCGAUCAAACAAUGAGGACAAAGUGGUUAGAAUCCAUGUUUCUUCAUAUUAUUAUUAUUAUUAUUAA